GCCCUCUCGCCCCCUGGGUCUGGAUGGGAAUCACAGGUGUGCGGGCGUCAGGUGGACGGGCCAUUUCUCUUGGGCCAGACAGCUCAGACCUGGGUGCGAACCUGGCAGCGGACGUUCCCCUGCAGAACCGUGGCAUGGAGCAGGCUCCUUGCAGGGCCGGCCCCUCAGACGCAGCAGGGAGGCUGGCGAUGACCUGGGCUGCAGGUUCUCAGCUUCAUCUGGGCCAACUGUGCCGUUCUAUGUGUACAUCGGCGAGCUCCCGCAGGACUUCCUCCGCAUCACGCCCACACAACAGCAGCGGCAGGUCCAGCUGGACGCACAGGCGGCCCAGCAGCUGCAGUACGGAGGCGCCGUGGGCACCGUGGGCCGACUGAACAUCACUGUGGUUCAGGCAAAGUUGGCCAAGAAUUACGGCAUGACCCGCAUGGACCCCUACUGCCGACUGCGCCUGGGCUAUGCGGUGUAUGAGACGCCCACGGCACACAAUGGCGCCAAGAAUCCCCGCUGGAAUAAGGUCAUCCACUGCACGGUGCCCCCAGGCGUGGACUCGUUCUAUCUUGAAAUCUUCGAUGAGAGAGCCUUCUCCAUGGACGACCGCAUCGCGUGGACCCACAUCACCAUCCCCGAGUCCCUGAGGCAAGGCAAGGUGGAGGACAAGUGGUACAGCCUGAGCGGGAGGCAGGGGGACGACAAGGAGGGCAUGAUCAACCUCGUCAUGUCCUACGCGCUGCUGCCAGCUGCCAUGGUGAUGCCACCCCAGCCUGUGGUCCUGAUGCCGACGGUGUACCAGCAGGGCGUCGGCUACGUGCCCAUCACAGGGAUGCCCGCCGUCUGCAGCCCCGGCAUGGUGCCCGUGGCCCUGCCCCCGGCCGCCGUGAAUGCCCAGCCCCGCUGUAGCGAGGAGGACCUGAAAGCCAUCCAGGACAUGUUCCCCAACAUGGACCAGGAGGUGAUCCGCUCGGUGCUGGAAGCCCAGCGAGGGAACAAGGACGCCGCCAUCAACUCCCUGCUGCAGAUGGGGGAGGAGCCGUAGAGCCUCCGCCCUCGCUGCCGUGUCACCCCAGCUCUUCGGACACGCUGACCAGGCGCUCCCCAAGGAAUGCUGUCCCAACAAGAUCCCCGUGACACGGCCCCUGUCGCCCCUCCCGUGGACGUCUGGGCUGCCCCGCCCACACCUGCUCUGGGUGCAUGGGGGUUUUCGGUUCCUGGCGGCCCAGGACGGGGCGGGGGCUCCCUUCGCCUCUUGUGCUGGGAGGUCUCGGCGCAUUCUCCUGUCCCCAGGACGUGCGUCUCCCCUUCUCAUGCUGUUCUGGAAAAUGUUCUUGCUGUAGAGAGCAGCUGCUUCUGCCAGGGUGUUGGAGGUGGUGGAGCGCCUUCUGAUUCCAUUCAUGGCAUUUUGUGAUGUGACGUAAUUGGAAUAGAGCUGUUGAUUAAGGCACGCACAAUCCCUCACACUGAUUUGUGGGUUUUUUUAGAACUUCCCAGCCGAAAACUCACGUCCUUGCCCUAACGCGCUUUGCUGUGAGCCUGGCCCCUGCCCAGGGCUUGGGUCUGGUGAGCCGAGCCGCUUCCUGUGGAUGGCGUGGGGCCGCCUCUGGUCUGGCUCACCUGGCCACUGUCCAGCCAGCCUUGUGACAGACUCCAGCCUGAAGGCAGGAUGAACCCACACCUGGCAUGAGGAGGGGAGCCUGCCACGGUUGGCCGGGCUCUGCCUGAUUGCCAGCCAGCGGGCAUCUGAAGCCGGGUCCUUCACCCGCGGAAGGCUGCCGUCCGUCUGUCCUGCUGCUCACGCCAGCUCCGUCGUGUCCUCCCAGGGGGCUUCUCUUCUCAACAGGCCUUGCAAGGCUGGGGUGGGAGGUGAUAGAGGCGGCACGUGCAUGAUUCUGAGAGGGUGUUGCGGCACUGCCAGCCGACUGCUGACGACAGCUUGGGCAGCUGCUGUGCCCGGGACCUAGGUUCAGCGUGGGCUCGGGAAGCCUGGCGAACAUGGCCGCGUAAAAGCUUUCUGAGGCGGGAGGCACGCCUCACCUCUGCCUGCCUGGGCACCGUGUGUAGCAUCUUGGUUUGCAGGACAGACUUUAGGUGACACCUGGUUAUGAAAGUCAGGAAUUUGAGAAACUUCUCACAAGUGAUGCACUUUACGUAGUCCGCAUGCCAUGGAGACGCUUGUGUGCACCCGCAUGUCUGCUGCUUGUGGUUCAAUCUGCCCCCAGCCUUCGGACGGAAACCCACUGAUACGGACAGAAAGAGAAGGCCCACAAGUGGCUCUUCUGUGGAAGAUGCAGAAGGAGGAAGUUAGUGCUUACAUUUUAGUCUUUUUCUCCCUCGAAAAAAUAGGUUAAGUUUCAGUGUCAGCUAGAAAAUACUGCUUUCCGCCACCGACUGGGGGUGGUUUUUGUCAAAUAUACUGUUGAUAAAUAUU